AUGCCUGGCAUUGGCCAGUUUGGCGCCUCCACCCUCUUUAGUCGUGCGUUUGAUUCAACGAUCGUCCGUGAGGACCUCCUGAGCCAAAAUGAAACUCGCCAGCUCGCUGCGCUGCAGCAGGUGCUAGCCUUUAUGACCAUUGGAAGAGACAUGUCGGGUCACUUUAGUGACGUUGCCCCCUUGUGCUCAUCUACGAAUCUGGCGAUCAAGCGUCUCGUGUACCUGUACCUCAUGCACAACAGCCACACCCAGCCGCAAAAGGCAGUCCUGCAGGCCGGAACGUUUGUAAAGGAUACACUUCACAACUCCCCACUUAUUCGGGGGGCGGCGCUGCGCACGAUGAUCUCCCUGCUUGUUCCGGCUAUGGUGGACUUUGUCACCGCCCCGCUUCAGCGCUGCCUAGAAGACAGUGACCCCUAUGUCCGUCGCAUCGCCGCCUUUGGUACGCUUAAGCUCUUUUACGUGGCGCCCAACGUUUGCGAAGAGACCGGACUUUUGGAGAAGCUCAAGAAAUUACUCCAGGAUGAAAAUGCAUGCGUGGCGGCAUCGGCAGUGGCGGCCAUUUUGGAGCUUCUCCAGCGAAAUGCCCCUGUCGCUCUGGAAGAGGCCAUUGUAGAAAACGUCCCCCGACUGCUUGAAGCUGCCAGUGACGCGACUGGUUGGUACAAGCAUUACCUUAUUGAGGGCGUUGCCGUGGCCUUUAAGAAGAAUGUAUUUGUGCUGGACCUGGAGAAGGCUACAAGGACCGUCGAUGGGGUAGUGCCUUUUCUUGCUUCCUUCAAUGUCGCUACCGUGAUGUCGGCGAUCAAGGUCGUCACGUCCUUUCUGCUGCAGGCGUCCGCUCUCUUCACCUCCUCGGACCUUGGAGGGGACUUGGGCAAUGCGGAGGAGCAGGCCUCGCAACUGCGGAGCCGCUACGGACCGCAAUUGGUUAGUGCCUGUGUCUCAUUGCUGUACGGGCCCUGUUUUGAGGUGCGAUACGCGGUGUUUCGUAACAUUCGUUUGCUGCUAAAGACGGGACUAAAGAGUUUCCUUAAGCGCCACCUAAGCGUUUUUUUCGUCAAAUACGAUGACCCCAUUUACGUCAAGCUGGAAAAGUCUGAGCUGCUGCUUGAGCUCGCCGACACGGAGGUGGGAGAGAUCGUUCUCUCCGAGUUCGCGGCUUACGCCACCGACGCAGAUGAGGAGUUGGUUCGAAAGGCAGUGCGUUCCAUUGGAUUUCUCGCGGCGAAGCUGGAGCCCCUCGCGAAGCAGUGCGUCGAAAGGCUGCUCGGUCUCAUGGACACCGGUAUUAGCCACGUUGUGCAGGAGGCUGCAGUCGUGGUGCAGACGGUUCUCCGACGCUACCCUAAUCGUUUUGUGCAUGUUGUGAAGAAACUUUGCGAGUUCCUGGAUGACCUGAAAGGCGCUGAGGCCAAAGCCGCCGUCGUCUGGGUGCUCGGCGACUACGCGGAGCGCGUCGAAAAUGUGGGGGACAUACUGGAAAUGUCCUUGGAAACUUUCCCCACCCAGCCUGAGAUCGUGCAGUUCGCGCUGCUAACCGCUGUUGUAAAAAUUUACCUGCGCGGCGACGCCGAGGAGCUGCAGCGCAACACCAACUUCCUUCAGCGCGUCCUCUCCAUGGCGACGCACUCGCCGCUGCCAGAUGUGCGUGACCGCGCCUUCAUGUAUUGGCGUCUGGUUAGCAGCGACAGUGAGGCGGCGAAAAAACUUGUCCUCACCUUCGCAAAGGGCACAACGUUCGCGGUGGAGAACGCCUUGGAGGAACAUCGGCUGCAUAGCUUCUUGUUAGGCAUUGGAAGCCUGGCCUCGGUGCUGCAUCGCCCCUUGCACCUCAUCUACGACAACGACGCACUCCUCAACGAGAACGACGAGGACGAGGAGAACGCGGGGGACGAGGCUCGGGGGCACUUCCUUCCACCGGCCGCUCCCGCUGAGGACACGGCGGGGACAACGUCCGAUAACCUCGUCCGCAGGGGCCAGGGUGCUCGCGACACGGAAGCGAUGCAGGUGGCCCUGUCCGCCGACGAAGGUAGCGGGCUGGAGGUGCGCAUGGGUUGGGCGCAGCUCGGCAACAAGCUGCUGCUAAACUGCCGCUUCUCCCUCGUUGCCGGGGAAGGCUACACACGGCAUGCGGUGAUACUUGCGCUGCAAAUCAAUAGGAACAUAUACGCGCUGGGGUUGGCGCAGGAGUGCCCGGUGGUGGAGCUCGAGUUGGGGCAAAAGGAGCCCGACGCGGUGCAGCUGACGACAGGCACCAACAACGAGAAGUCGCCCGUGCGUGAUCUCCUCGUCGCUGUUAACGCCGACCCCAUCGGGACACGAUAUUUUAUCGCGCCCCCCGUCCCACCGGCCUUGCUGCUUCUCCCCGCAGCUGGCGUAGACACUGCUCUCUUCGCCGAGCAAUUUCGAAGGCUUCAGGCGCCAUCCUGGACGAUGCCCACGGCGCUCACGCCACUGCGGACGGACCCAACACGUUACACUUCGAACGUCCUUCGCCUCCACGGCCUAAAUCCCGUCUACACGGGCAAGCCGCACGGGUCGGAACUUGUGCUCCUUCUCCUCUCGGCAGAAACCAUUGCUGCGCAAAAACUCUUUAUGGAGGUAACCAUACAAGACAACAACGUCAUGUACCUCGGGGUCCGCUGCAAAGACGCGCAGAUUUCCCCUGUCUUCGGCGCAUAUACGUUGCGGGUGCUUUCAGCAGAAGAAACGUACUAG